GUUUUUUAUGUAACCACUUGUCGGAGGGAUCAGCUAGGCAAAACUUAAGUAAAUUCGGUGACUUAUUUGCGCGGUCGGACGACGGUUGUCGGUCAGUUGAGCCGCGAACCGAAACCGACUCGGAUGGUGGAUGAGCGAGCGAGUCAGUGCGAAAGAACGAGCGUGGACCGGUUUCUAUACAACAACUACAACAACCCUCAUCAUCAUCAGAGCCACCAAGAAGACACGAUAAAUUCGCACGUGUUCGUGCAUCAUCCAAAAUACCGUUCAUUAUUAUUUCGAUAUGAUCAAGUGGGUUUUGGCGUUGGCCGUCGUGUGGAUGUUGCUGAUCUUGGCGUGGAAGGUCAGCUCGGUGGCGAGGUUCUACAUCAAAUUCUCUAUAUACGCGGUGGUCAGUUUCGUGUCGGCAACAUGUCCCAUUCCUCUGAUGCUGCUGAGGCCGAAGAGCAGCAAGAACGCUCUGUUCCCGGCGGCGGCUUUGAGCUGUUGCGCCAAGUACGUGCUCGGCCUGGACAUUAAGAUCAAGGGCAAAGAGAACAUCGUGGAGGGAAGCGGCAGCGUGGUCCUCAUCAACCACCAGAGCGUCGUCGAUCUGAUAGUUUUGGCCGAGCUGUGGCCGGUGAUGGAGAGGUGCACGGUAAUCUCCAAGAAAGAGAUCUUCUACAUCUGGCCGUUCGGUUUGGCCGCAUGGCUUUGGGGAACGAUCUUCAUAGAUCGACUGAACGGGGUGAAAGCGCAGGAUGCGAUCAACAGCACCGGCGAGAUCAUCAGGAGCCGAAGGGCCAGAGUGAUGAUGUUCCCGGAAGGCACGAGAAGUCAGAAGGAGAAAUUGCUGCCGUUCAAGAAAGGUGCCUUCCACUUGGCCAUCGCCUCAAAGUGUCCCAUCCAGCCGAUCAUCGUCAACAGAUACAAGUUCUUGGGACCGAAGCGAUUCGAUGAUGGUUCAAUCGAGGUGUCGAUUCUGCCACCAAUUGCCACCGAUCAAGUAUCGCGCGAGAACAUCGGAGAGCUGAUAGACAAGACAUAUCACAUAAUGCAGGACCAUUUGGACAGUUUAGACGCGCAACACGCAACGACGACGCCCAACAACAACAUUGACAAAUCUAAAGACAUCUAGACUGAUUACUAACUAACUAACUAACUAAUACUCUAUGUUUGAUAAAUUUAUAUAAAAUUAU